CAAGCUCCAGGCUCGUGCCUGCUGCCCUCUGGGUGCCUGGCGUGCGACUGUCUCUACAGCCGCUGGCUGAGUGUGCUUUCUUCUCUGAGCCCUCACAUCCUGGGAUCCUGGAGGCCCUGAGCUGAGGAGCCAACAGAAUGCCUGGCUUGCUGAACCGCAUCACAGGGGCAAACCUGCCUCUCACUGUGUCUGAUGUCACCUCCUAUGUCAGCGGCUAUGCCCUGGGGCUCACGGCCUCCCUCACCUACGGCAACCUGGAGGCUCAACCCUUCCAAGGUCUGUUCGUGUAUCCGAUGGACGAGUAUACCACAGUGGUUGGUUUUGAGGCAGUCAUUGCUGACCGUGUUGUCACCAUACAAAUCAAAGACAAAGCCAAGCUGGACAGAAGCCACUUGGAUAUCCAGUCUGCCACUGUCACGGGGAACAUUCCACAAGAUGGGGUUCCCAUCGCCCCUCAUUCCUGCACACCGGGAAAGGUGGCCUUGGAUGAGGAUCUGGAGAGGAUUCUGUUCGUGGUCAACCUGGGGACCAUUGCUCCCAUGGAGAAUGUCACCAUCUUCAUCAGCACCUCCUCGGAACUCCUCACGCUGCCCAGCGGGGCUGUGAGGGUCCUCCUGCCGGCUAUCUGUGCCCCGACUGUGCCUCAGUUCUGCUCUCACAGCUCUGGCUCCUCCAGACAACAGGCUCAAGGCAAAGACCCACACUGCUUUGGCAUCCAGACUGUGGACUCCUGGAAUGGGCUGUGUCUGGCCACCCUCCUGGAUACAGAGGUGACCAACCCGAUGGAAUAUGAAUUCAACUUUCAACUGGAGAUCCGUGGGCCGUGUCUGCUUGCAGGGGUGGAGAGUCCCACUCAUGAAAUCCGUGCAGACGCCGCCCCCUCUGCACACUCAGCCAAGAGCAUCAUCAUCACCUUGGCCAACAAACACACCUUUGACCGGCCAGUGGAGAUCCUCCUCCACCCUAGUGAGCCCCACAUGCCACACAUCCUGGUGGAGAAAGGGGACAUGACCCUGGAGGAGUUUGAGCAGCACUUGCAGGGAAAAGCGGAUUUCAUUCGGGGGAUGAAGAAGGACAACAGUGCCGAGCGGAAGACAGAAGUCAUCCGGAAGCGUCUCCACAAAGACAUUCCCCACCACUCGGUCAUCAUGCUCAACUUUUGUCCCGACCUCCAGUCUGUGCAGCCCAACCUGAGAAAGACCCACGGGGAGUUCAUCUUUCUCAUCGACAGGAGCAGCAGCAUGAGCAGGACCAGCAUCCAGUGCGUCAAGGAGGCCAUGUUGGUGGCUCUUAAGAGCCUCAUGCCGGCCUGUCUCUUCAAUGUCAUUGGGUUUGGAUCCACAUUUAAGACCGUCUUUGCUUCCAGUCAGAUCUACAAUGAGGCAAACUUGGCCAAGGCAUGUGACUGCAUCCAAAGAAUACGGGCUGACAUGGGCGGCACCAACAUCCUCUCCCCUCUCAAGUGGAUCCUGCGGCAGCCAGUACACCAGGGCCACCCAAGGCUACUCUUCCUGAUUACUGACGGGGCUGUGAGCAACACAGGGAAGGUUCUGGAGCUGGUGCGGAAUCACGCCUUUUCUACCAGGUGCUAUAGUUUUGGGAUUGGACCCAGUGUCUGCUACAGACUGGUGAAAGGACUGGCGUCUGUAUCCAAGGGCAGUGCGGAGUUCCUGACAGAGGGGGAGCGGCUGCAACCAAAGAUGAUCAAAUCCUUGAAGAAGGCCAUGGCGCCAGUGCUGAGUGACGUGACCGUGGAGUGGGUCUUCCCUGAGACCACAGAGGUCCUGAUCUCACCUGUUAGCACCAGCUCCCUCUUCCCUGGGGAACGGCUGAUGGGCUAUGGCAUCGUGUACGACGCCUCCUUGUACAUUUCCAAUUCCAGUCCCGACAAAAGGCGAAAGUACGGCACGCUGCAAGCUCAGGAGUCCAGCAGCUCCGUUUUCUAUCACUCUCAGGAUGAGGGACUUGGUCCCGCCAGUGGGAACUGUGCCAAAAUCUUCAACCCAGGGCAGACCCAAGAUGCCCAUCCAGACUCCCCCUCCCAUCACGGUCUGGAUGUCUCCCGACGACGGAGGGCAUACAGCACCAACCAGAUCUCUAGCCAGAAGACCAGCCCAAGGCCCACCACAGCCAGCGACCCCACUGGGAUUGCCAAGAGACACCCACUGCGAAAAGCCAAGGUGCAGGACCUUGCCAAUCAGGGCAGCUCAGAGAGCCAGCGGUGGCAGAUUGAUCUGCAGCCCUUACUCAGCAGUGGCCAUGACCUGAGCCAGGGCCCUAGACUGCACGGCCCAGGGGCCCGCAGGCCCUCCCUACUGCCUCCAGGCUGCCAGCCCUUGCUGCUCUCUGGCCAGGAGCCCCAGGCCUGGAACCCUAUGAAGGAGCUGGACCCUGGUUCCAGCCCUAAGUCUGCCCCUGACAGCCGAAGCUCAGAGGAUCUGGAGCCACCCCGCCACCCCUCCACCUUUGAAACUGAGAUGUCCUCAGACUGGGAGCCCAUGGCUGAGUCGGAGGAGCAAGUCAGUCCCUGCAGGCCUGCCACCCCAGGCCCUGUACAGGGGAAGGCCUUAGUCAAAGGCCUGUGCGACAACCAGCGUCUGCAGUGGGAGGUGAACUUUGAGCUGGAACCGCCAGCCCUGAAGAGGGAGGACGAGCAGGAUGCCGACAUGUGGAGUGAGACCUUCCACCACCUGGCAGCGCGCGCCAUCAUCCGUGACUUUGAGCAGCUGGCGGAGCGUGAGGACGAGAUCGAGCUGGGGUCCAAUCGCCGGUACCAGGUGAACGCUGUGCAUACCAGCAAGGCCUGCAACAUAAUCAGCAAGUACACGGCCUUCGUGCCUGUGGACAUAAACAAGAGGCGGUACCUGCCCUCGGUAGUGAAGUACCCCAACUCCGGUGCCAUGCUCCGAAUGGUCAGCUUCCGGAACCUGACCCGACAGUGGAAAGGCUCGUCUUCUGGUGUUGGAAGGUCCCAGACCAUGCUCAGAGAACACGCCUCGGCUGCAGGAGACAGCAAAUUCCAGACCCUAGCCCUAGAAGAAAGCCCUGCUUCGACCUUCAAUAAGAUCCUGUCCCCUACCCAUGAGAAGGACACAGCCGCAGAAGGUCCCCCUCACAACCUGUCCUCCCUGAAGGCCUCUGAGGCUCUCUUUGGAUCCAAAUUGAAUCUCAACAAACCCAGGCUGCUAACCCGAGCCGCCAAAGGCUUUCUCAGCAAAUCAAUGGCCAAGACCCCAGAGCCAAAUCCGGGCAGCCAGAGCUUGGACUACAUACCGCUGGUGUCUCUGCAACUGGCCUCAGGAGCCUUUCUGCUUAACCAAGCCUUCUGUGAUGCCAUCCAAAUCCCCAUGGAGAAACUCAAGUGGACCUCACCCUUCAUCGCCCUCCGAAUGUCCCUCACCACCCGCCGGCACGAUUCGAAGAGCCAGAGUCCACAGCACAGCAUCAGUCUGUCCUCUCCGUCCCCACCCUACGAUGACGACAACCCCCUGGAGGCCGAAGCUGAAGGCAGCUCAGACCUGGAGCCAGGCCUGCUGUUGGAGCACACGGGAAAGCUGUGGGCCACCGUGGUGGCACUCGCAUGGCUGGAACACAGCUCGGCUUCCUACUUCAUCGAGUGGGAGCUGAUCGCUGCUAAGGCCAGCUCGUGGCUGGAGCAGCAGAAGGUGCCCGAGGGCCGCACGCCGAGCACACUCAAGGCCACUGCCCGCCAGCUGUUUGUGCUCCUGAGACACUGGGAUGAGAACCUGGAGUUCAAUAUGCUCUGUUACAACCCCAAUUAUGUGUAGGGAGGAGGAGAGGGACGGGGCAUUUGGGUUGGUAGGGGAACUUUUUGAAAGUGUAGCCAAUAUAGUGUUACUAGAAAAAGGCUUGCACACUGGCAGUGGGUGGGCCUGAAUUCAAUUCCAACCUUGCUACCACCUACUAACUUUAGAUAAGUCACUGUCCCAUCAGGGCCUUCGUUGCCUAUCUGCGAAACAGGAGGGUGAGAGAAGGCUGUUUACUAGAUUUUUAAAUGGCCCCAAUAUUCCUUCCAUUCAGACUUUCAAGCUCUAGAACUUGUUGCUACUGGGGAAUGGCAAGAGAAACACACACACACACACACACAGGGUUGGGGGAAAGUAUUCCCUGGAGAAAGACCAUGUUGGUGCACACUAGAGAGAGCAAUGCCUUCUCCAAUAAAAGGUAGAUAAGAAAAUCCAUCAAAGACAAGCAACCAGAACCAUAAGCUUGCUCCAGGCACCAAAAGACCUCCUCUGUUUAUUGCAUUGUGGGAUAGGCUUGUGUCUCCAUGGUAACAGUCCAGGGGCUCCAAAUUCCACUAGGAAGCCAACCAAAGAACCAUCCCUCCCAAGACUUUGCAAGAAAUUCUUCCUGGUAGUUGAGUACUGCAUGGUAGGUACUAAGUUUGGCUUCCUGUCUAAGAAGAUGAGGGCACAACCAGUAAUAGUUCCUGUCCAGCCAAAAUAGUAGAUUGCAGUCUGCAGAACUGGUCUAGAAUAGGCAAGCUCACAGGAGUCAGUGAAGAAACCAGACUUAUUUCCAUGCCUUCCACUGUUGGAUAAAGUUUCUCCAUCCAUUGGUACAGAGGGGCCAGAGUGCCUCUGUGUGCAUUGCAUUCUGGGAUAGUGAGAUGUGGCCGUACCACAUUCUCAGGCAGAGAGAAAACUUGACAUCAGCCAC